UACUUUUCUUUUCCCUGAGCUACUUGUUGUUUCUUAGGCCCGGAUGUCGCGCGGGUGGCUGUGUCUGUCUUUGGUGAAAUUGUAGAGCGAGUUCCUCCUUUUCCUCCCGAAGAAAAUGUCCGUCUGUGUGUAGAAGCUUGUGUUCUGCUCCGCUGCUGCAGAACUUCAGUCCAUCAGAGUUUUGGUUGCAUCGUCACAUUUAUACUCAGCUGAGGAUAAUGUUGAAGCUUUCUGUGUUAUCCCGUCCUGGAGAGGAGCCUGAUGGGCUCUGACCCCUCUGACCAUCCUGUGGUUAAUAUAGAUGUAAUGUGAUAAAUGUAACUCUUUGAAUACUUACUGGGCUGUCAGCAGCUUCAGUCUUGAUAUUGAAAUGCAUGGCUGAUAUUCUAAACACGUUAUAAUAUGAAUGAUUAUAUUUCUUUACAGCGCUUACUGUGAAUUAGGAUCGCGUGGUAAAUUGAUAUCGUUUCUCAACUUUUGGCAAAGUAAUAUCACAAUGAUUAAUCUCCUCCAAGCGCACUGGAGGCCUGUCUGAGGAUACGUUGGGAAUAUACUGCAAAACUCUAAAUAUACAUACGGCACGCUGCUCGUUUUAUUUAUAUGCUGUGAAAUACUGCACACAAAAAUAAUUGCACUGAGGGGCUUCAUGUGGUGCGUAGCCUACCAAAGUGUCUAAAUGAAGUGAUCCACCAACUGUGAGGCCUGCUGCCUUCCUCACUGGACCGGCCUCUUGCCUCCGCGAUGCGACCUGGUGGACUGCUCGGCAAAGUUAAUUACUGCAGCCUCCUGUCUGUCACAGGGUUCAGGCGUGAAUUAUCACCUCUCAUGCUCCCUGUGCAGAGCAGCGACACCGUCGUGCCCUAUCACUCACCUAGUUUAAACCUCUUGCUCACAGUUUAGAAUAGCAGGAACAACUCUGUAAGCCUGGACCCACUUACAGUACAGACACACACACACACACACACACAUAAAGACAGACACGGCUUCAGAUUCCAAGUGUUUGCUGGGACACGUAAUGCAGGAUGGGGCGUAUUUGUGGCCACCCGUUAUCCCCUCAGAUCAAAGCGGAUCUGUGUCUAAGCCAGAGAUAGUGUACCUGUUCGGGGAAGAGCUCUGUUGUCAACUCCGCUGGGAGAAUAGAAGACGGGUGGUCCAGUCUGGCGCUGUGGUGUUCUCUCUCACCUUGAACCCACUCCACCCGACGUCACCGGCUCAUCCGGCCCAAUUGUUUCUUCAUCUGCCUUUCAGGCGGACGCCAUAUGGCUUAUCUAUUGUUGGCUGAGAGCAUGUCAUGUGGGUUUUAGGAAGGGAAUACUGUAGAUGCUGAUAAAGCUCAUGGAAAAUUAAAUAUUGCGCUGGCGAUGAAAGGAUUUUGCUCUUGUGAAGCAUAUGCUGGCUGCUCUUUCAUCUUUCUGUUUCAUCUCUCAAUUUCAGGGGACUGGACAGAAAACAGACACUGGCUCUCCUGGUCCUUGCCUCCGUCUCCUCCCAUUUAAUAAUUUCCUUACUUCACCCCCCCCCCCCCUCCUCCCCACCUUGUUGUAGCUCUGUUCAUAUCUCUUUCUGUCUAAUUUCAUUGUUCUGCCCACUUAUUCUCCCUUCAUCCGUUGUUCCCCCGACUGCUUUUGCUCAAUUUUACCAUCCAUCACCGGAUGGUUUAUCGCUGUGUCGCCACUUUUUUUGUUUACUGUUUUUAAAACGAGACUUGUCGGCACCUUUUUUCACGUACCUCUCCCCAUUCACUUCCUACUAAACCACCCUACCAUCUUUGCAUCUAUUAUUUGAUCCAGUAACAUUGAGCCUAAGUGCCUUGCUCUUUCCUCUGGUCUUCCUCAAGCUUGGCCCUGAGAUCAGUAUGUGGUCCAACUUCAUUGUUCAGCAGGAUGAGGAUGGUCGUAUCGGGGUGGUAGGGGCGGGACAAGGUGGGGGUUUAGGUGGGGUAAAAGGUGGAAGGGGACAGAGGAGGAGCCACAAGAUAAGUGACAGCCAGGAGGGAAAGAUCAAGCUGGCCUUCUUUGUGUCUAUCAUUGGAGUGACCCUGACGGUGUUGGGCAUGGGGACAGAGUUUUGGGUGGAGCUGGCCCAACCAAAGAAUUUCAGCGGCAACCAGACAUGCCAGGUGGCCCAUUACGGCCUGUGGAAGGGCUGCAUCCGCACCCUCUGGGUGGCCGACAUAGACCCAGAAAGGACGAGCUGUGGCCCUGCUGAACUACCUGGAGAAACCAACUGCACCUACUUCAAAUUCUUCACCUCUGGGGAGAACGCCGUCAUAUUCAAGAAGACAACGAACAAGAAGCUGAAUCUAGCAGCAUCUAUCUUGGCCCUUCUGAGUCUGACCAUGAUGGUAAUGGGCUCCAUCUGUAUCGCGAUGGCCCUCAGCAAAGGAGUCCCCUUCUUUAUCAAGCCCGCCUCCUUCUGUUUCAUCCUAUCAGGUGUACUGGUCCUUCUCUCCAUCCUGAUAUUCCACCAGUCUGUGGUGUCCCUGCUGUCCAGUGACCACUCCAUACCUCUACACCAUGAGCUCUCAUGGUCUGUGACCUGCAUGGGCUCGGCCGGAGGCCUCCUUAUUUUCGGUGGAAUCCUCUUCAUGAUCCUCUCCCUUCCUUUCAGCCCCUGGGAGAAAUGCUUUCCACACAAGGAUAGCACCACCUAGCAAUACAAUAUACAUACAGUAUUCUUGAUUUCUUGUUUGAGAGCAAGUGGAAACAUGUGUUUCUGAAGUGACUUUACUUGCUCUUGACAUUUCAUUAGUCAGAGAAGCCACACGUAAGUCUUAAUAGGAAGUGCGAGGAGUCAGCAACACAUUAGUAAGAGAAUGUGCAAACAAUAUGUCGGUGUUUUUUUAGUAGAAGAUAGAUGGAGGGAGCCACAGAGCUACUGCUGACUGUCUGAUGUUUAGCUCUGAGUUGUGUUCACGGAGACAAGUGUCAUGAAUAGGCGUGUUAGCCGAGCUGUACAUCCACAUAGUCUUUCUGCUAGCAUCAGGAGAGUCGAUACAAAUGUCAUAAAUGCUCAGACACUUAACUAUUUUAAAAUGUCUGUUUAAUAUGGAAGCCUGUUUCUGCAAAAAAAACAUGAAAAGUUAGCACCAAGUCCUCUACAUUAAACCACAACAUGUAUCUUUUUUCCGAAUCCAAUUAGGAGCGUUUUGAAGCCAAAGUCGAACCAGAAUUUAGUUGUGACUGCGUGGACAGUUAUGGACAGUUAUGGACAGUUAUGAACAGUUAUGGACAGUUAUGAACAGUUAUGAACAGUUAUGGACAGUUAUGGACAGUUUUCGAGAGUUAAUCUGCAGCACACGUGUGGAUUGGUCCCCUGAGCGAACCCUAUAAACAGAACUACUAAGUGUCCACAGCGGUCCAUGUUAGAUUCUUUAUCCGUCUUUUAAAACUAUUACACAUACAUGUAUAUCUGUUUUAUGGUGCAACGAUGCAGCUGUUAAGGUCUGACCGUAAGCAUAUAUUUCCUUUUGGGGUAUUGAUGCUGUCAUUCUUCUUGAGAGGACUUAAAGUGAGACAUAAUACAAAAUUCUGAGAUUGUAAAGCAAAAGUUUGACAAAGUCAAAAUGAUGAAUACCAAGCACAAAUUGUUGACUUAUCAUCCUAUAAUUAUUCAUACUUUUUCACAGGCGGAAAUGGGCUUCCACAGUUUAGAAGACCUAAAGCUCCAUCAGAACGUCCUCAGCAUAGCAACAUAUGCUGUUUGUGAUCAUGCUAACCAUCAGUAUGGAGGAGGUCCGCACUACUUUCAGAGAAGUUACUUGUCAUAUGUAUAUAAAAAGCAGUGAGUAUCCUCAAUAUUAGAAAUAACUACUCUGAAUCUUUUUAACCAUUAAUAUUUGAUUAACAUGAAGCUUCACGUCAUUAUUUAUUACUUACGUGUGUUUUGCAACUUUUGGGUGAAUGCUGCUUCAGUCUGAAUGCAUGUUGAAUGAAAUCAACAGUGAAAAGUGAUUAAAAUACCAUUUUGUAUAUCUGAGAACUGUAUGGACUCACUUAAUAAGCUCAACCUUGUACAUAAACUGAAUGACUGUGUUUAUAUUGUAUGAAUGGCCCCUAUAUUGAUGCCUCAAUGACAUCUGCAAUACGUAUGCAUUACAAACACUUUGGUUUUGUCAUAGGAUGCUCACCUCGUCUGCCAUGAAAUGCAAUUUUACAAAAUAUAUGCUCAUUUCUACUCAUAUAUAUGUACAGUAUGUGGCACCAGUUUUGCUCAUCAUUAAAGUGAUUUGACAUGAAAUAA